UGGGGGUCGGAAAAAAUGGAUCUGACCUACAGAUUUGGGCCAUUUUACAAGGUCCAUGGGCCUAUGGCUUCGGCCCAAAAUAACAAUCAAGUCAGUGUACAAUGUAACAAAGUAGGUGCGUUUGGGUCAUUUUAUAAGAUCCAUGGGCCAUUGGCUUUGGGCAAUCGAAAAAUCAAGAAAGAAAGCCUCUAUUUGCUCUGUUGCAAAAAGGGUCACCGAAAGCGAAGAGAGAGAGAGAGAGAGAGAAUGGGGAUCGAGGAAAGCCUCAAAUGUUUGAGCAACAACGAAGAAGAGAACAAGAAGCCUAACCCUAAUGUGAAAGAGGAUGAAGAGGAGGAGCUGGAGGAAAGGGAGAUCGUAGGGGAAGAGGAUGAUGCGACGUCUUCUUCAUCAAAGAAAGUUGUGGUUGAGCAGCCCCACCGGCUGGAGCACUCGUGGACCUUCUGGUUGGAUAACCGGUUUGGCAAAUCCAAGACUGCUACUUGGGGUAGUUCUAUGCGCCCUAUUUACACUUUUGCCACCGUCGAACAAUUCUGGGGUCUUUACAAUAGCAUACAUCAUCCAAGCAAGUUGGCUGUGGGAGCAAACUUUCAUUGUUUCAAAUAUAAGAUUGAGCCAAAGUGGGAAGACCCUGUCUGUGCUAAUGGAGGCAAGUGGACUGUAACCUUCCAGAGGGGGAAGUCAGAUACGUGCUGGCUGUACACGUUGCUGGCUUUGAUUGGAGAACAGUUCGAGUAUGGUGAUGAGAUCUGUGGAGCGGUUGUUAAUGUGAGAGCCAGGCAGGAAAAAAUAGCACUGUGGACCAAGAAUGCUGCCAAUGAAGCUGCGCAGAUAAGCAUCGGGAAACAGUGGAAAGAGUUACUUGAUUACAAUGAAACUAUAGGCUUCAUAUUUCAUGAGGAUGCAAAGAAGCAUGAAAGAGGUGCCAAGAAUCGCUACAAUGUAUGACUUUUAGAGUUAUUCUCUACUAGAUGCUAAGAGCGACACAAGACUGAAAGCAAUCUGUGCUUCCCUUGUUUGCCUCCUUUCAAGUUCUGAUUUGUUUCACCUAUGGCUAUUUCUACAAAGAUUUUUAGCUAUGUAAUCGAAUGUUAAUACUGCCUUAAAUUGCAGUUUGCUGACCAUUUAUAGGAUCUUUAUCUGUCAGGACUCCAUUUUGUUCUAAGGUUUUGUCAUGUUUAUAGUUCU